GUUGUGUAACGCAUCGUUCUCCAUAAUCGCAAAGAGUGCCUCCUUACUUGGACGCUUAUGAAGCAAAUCAUGUGCGCCCACAACAUCUUCUCGAUCAGCCUCACUACUGUCCAUCCUUUAGCUCUGCUGGCAUAUACACCUCGAGUAUGCCAUCGAAUGAUGUCCGCUACAAUGUUCGCAAUGUCCACAUUAGUCAUGCCCAAUGUACUAUGCUCUUUUUAAGUCGUCAAGCUAAGCCCCCUUUCUGAGAGACAUGUCGCAAAUCUUAUUCCCCCACCUAUGAGAAUAUGUC